AUGUCUCGCCAUCACCCCGAUCUCGUCAUGUGCCGUAAGCAGACAGGCAUCUCCAUCGGCCGUCUCUGCGACAAGUGCGACGGUAAAUGCCCCGUGUGCGACUCUUACGUGCGCCCCACGACCUUGGUUCGGAUCUGCGAUGAAUGUUCCUUCGGUAACUACCAGAACAAAUGUGUGGUCUGCGGUGGCGAGGGAAUCAGCGACGCGUUCUACUGCUUUGAAUGCACGCGCCUAGAGAAGGACCGAGACGGAUGUCCGAAGAUUAUAAAUCUGGGAAGUUCGCGGACAGACUUAUUCUACCAAAAGAAAAGUUUUCGAAAUCAAUAA